AUGGCGAUUUCCUCCUCAUUCCACGAUCCUCGCUUCUACUCUUUAAGCAUCUCAGUGAUUGUUAAAGCAAGUAGUGGCCCAAGGUAUGUGGUCGGUUUCAUAACUGAUUCAAUUUUGAUGAGUAAACAGGGGCAUGAAAAGAAGCCUGCUGCAGGGGUGGAUAGCAAUCUCCAUGAAGAAGCUGACUUAGUUGCUGAACAUGGAAAACCGGUAAAUGACCAUAACACCCCUGAUAUAAAUUUUCCGGACACUGUUGUCCCUGGCACGCCUAAACUUGAUCGGAAACUUGGUGCACCUGCAAAAAGGUUCAGCCCACCAUCAGCAGGGGAUUGCUGA